AUGUCGUUCGAAGAACUCGGGGUAUCUAAAUGGUUAUCCGAAGCAUUGAAUUCAAUGAAAAUUCAUACUCCAACGAGUAUUCAAUCUGCAUGUAUUCCAAAAAUUCUCAAAGGCCAUGAUUGUAUUGGUGGUGCUAAGACAGGUAGUGGUAAAACAAUUGCAUUUGCAGCUCCGAUGCUUACUCAGUGGUCAGAAGAUCCCUCAGGGAUAUACGGACUUGUUUUGACACCCACCAGAGAGUUAGCGUUACAGAUAGCAGAACAAUUUGCUGCAUUGGGAUCAUCCAUGAAUAUCAAAGUGAGUGUGAUUGUGGGUGGUGAAGAUAUCGUCAAACAAGCUUUAGAAUUACAGAGGAGACCACAUUUUGUGAUUGCUACUCCAGGUAGACUAGCUGAUCAUAUUUUAAAUAGCGGUGAAGACACCGUUUGUGGUUUGAGAAGGGUUAAAUAUUUGAUUCUAGAUGAGGCAGAUAGACUUUUGAGUAAUAGUUUCGGAGGUGAUUUGGAAAGAUGCUUUAAAAUAUUACCUUCAUCAGAAAAGAGGCAGACUUUGCUAUUCACAGCUACGGUUACAGACGCUGUACGCGCUUUGAAAGACAAGCCGGUUCCAAAGGGAAAAUUACCUGUCUUUAUCCAUGAAGUUGAAACUGUUGAUAAGGUAGCGAUUCCCUCCACUUUACUGGUAAAAUAUGUGUUUGUGCCAUCAUAUGUUAAGGAGGCAUAUUUAAACAGUAUCUUGAAUUUACCCCAAUAUAGCGAUUCGUUAAGUAUAAUAUUCACUAAUAGAACAGCAACUGCCGAAUUAUUAAGAAGAACAUUAAGAAAAUUGGAUUUUAGAGUGGCUUCAUUGCAUUCUGAAAUGCCUCAAACAGAAAGAACAAAUUCAUUGCAUAGAUUUAAAGCAGGAGCAGCCAAAAUAUUAAUUGCAACUGAUGUUGCUUCAAGAGGUUUAGAUAUACCAACUGUAGAAUUGGUAGUAAAUUACGAUAUACCUGCAGAUGCAGAUGAUUUCAUCCAUAGAGUUGGUAGAACAGCAAGAGCAGGAAGAAAGGGUGAUGCUAUAUCUAUCGUUGCUGAAAAGGACGUCGAUAGGAUUUUGGCUAUCGAGGAGAGGAUAAAUAAGAAGAUGGAAUUGAUAGAAGAUAUUAGUGAUAAUAAGGUGAUCAAGGAUUCUUUGAAUAAGACUAGUGUUGCAAAGAGAGAGGCCUUAAUGGAUAUGGAUAGAGAGAAUUUCGGAGAGAAGAGAAAGAUUAACAAAAGUAAACGUCAAGCAAAGGAAGAUAUUAUUUCAACAAAUGAACCAAAGAAGAAAAAGAAAAACCAUAAAUAA